AAUUGUAAACGAUUAACUGUGGCUGCGUGUAAAUCCCGCGAAAGUCAGGGUUAAUUUCGGUGGUCGGUAAAUGUCGAUACCCGAAAUUACAACUCUCUCCGAGACUCCGAUUUCUUCAGCUCUCUCUGCUAGCAAAAAUCCUCCGAUUUCUUAAACCCUAGCACCUGUGAGUGGUAGUGAACCCACUGUCGCAGAGGUCCUCUCGCUCCUCCGAUCGUCGACGGAAGGAAGUUCUCGCACGGCCGAUUGCCUCCCCCCCCUCUCUGUCCGCCUUUGGGUCCCAUUGUGUAUGCGCUGCAAUGGCGAAUAACCCUCAAUCCUCAGCUGCGCAGCCAUUUCGGCCUCCCCCAGUUGCUCCCAUGGGUCCUCAAAGUUUUGGUUCAUCUCCUCUUCAAUACCGACCAGUGGUUCCAACACAGCAAGGACAGCAAUUUAUUUCACCAGCUUCCCAACAAUUUCAGCCCAUGGGACAAGGUAUUCCUUCUCCAAAUGUUGGGAUGCCUGCUAGUCAAAGUCAGCAAUUACAAUAUUCUCAACCAAUGCAACCGUAUCCUCUCAGGCCAAGUCAGCCUGGUCUUCCUCAUUCAUCACAGGCGUUGCCUAUGCAAUACAUGCAGACGAGGCCUAUUACAUCUAUCCCAUCACAGUCUCAGCAACCUGUCCCACCUUUUAAUAACCAAAUGCCUGGAAUGCCUUAUUCUUCCUCAUAUGUGUUCACUCCGCCUACAUAUGCCCAGCCACAAAAUAAUGUCAAUUCACAGUUUCAGCCGAUGUCUCAAGUGCAAGCACAUGUUGUAUCUGCUACAGGACAGCCUUGGGUGUCCUCUGGUAAUCAGGGUGCAGCAGUUCCUUCACCAGUACACCAGUCUAGCCAACAAUCUUCAAGCACUCCUUCCACUGAUUCUGCUCUAAAUGUUCCUAGCCAAGCACAGCAAUCUUCUUCGGAUUGGCAAGAGCAUUUGGCGGUUGAUGGACGAAGAUAUUAUUUCAACAGAAGGACAAGACAAUCUAAUUGGGAGAAGCCUUUAGAAUUGAUGACACCGAUGGAGAGGGCUGAUGCAUCAACUGUUUGGAAGGAGUAUACGUCUGCAGAUGGGAAAAAGUAUUAUUACAACAAGGUUACAAGGGAGUCUAAGUGGACAAUUCCAGAGGAGUUGAAGUUGGCUCGUGAACAGGCUCAAAGAGAACUAAUCCAAGGAACACAUUCAGAAUUGAAUUUGACUUCUCAUACCCCUCCUGCUGUUGCUUCAGCUGAAACACCUAUGGGAGCUAGUUCAGUUGGCCCCAGCACUUCUUCAGCCCUACCUGUGAUGGUCUCGAGCCCUGUUGCAGUUACACCUGUGUCUUCCUUUUCUAAUCCUUCUCCUAUCACACCUACUGGAUCAUCAGUUGCUUCUGGUGCACAGCCUUCCAUAAUUGGUGCCGUUGGCAGUCAACCUUCUGCAGUUACUGUGAGUCCACUGCCCGCUUCUGUUUCAGGGAGUUCCGGAGUUCCUCCUACUUCGGUCAAUACCACUACAAAUUCAGUGAGUACUUAUGAAACUGUAGCAUCUCAAGAUAUUUCAAGUUCAGCUGAUGGAACUUUGACUCAAGAUAUUGAGGAAGCCAAAAGAGGUAUGGCAGUUGCUGGAAAAGUCAAUGUGACUCCUUCAGAGGAGAAAACAUUUGAUGACGAACCAUUGGUGUAUGCUAAUAAGCAGGAGGCAAAAACUGCAUUCAAAUCACUUCUGGAAUCUGCAAAUGUCCAGUCCGAUUGGACUUGGGAGCAGACAAUGAGGGAGAUCAUUACUGACAAAAGAUAUGGCGCUUUAAGAACUCUAGGUGAGAGGAAGCAAGCUUUUAAUGAGUACUUGGGUCAAAGGAAAAAACUGGAGAACGAAGAGAGGCGCAUGAGGCAGAAAAAAGCUCGGGAAGAGUUCACAAAAAUGUUGGAAGAGUCCAAGGAACUUACAUCAGCAACUAGAUGGAGCAAAGCUGUGAGUAUGUUUGAAAAUGAUGAACGAUUCAAGGCUGUAGAACGAGGUAGAGACCGGGAAGAUCUUUAUGAGAGCUACAUUGUAGAACUCGAAAGGAAGGAAAAAGAAAAGGCAGCUGAAGACCAUAAGCAGAAUAUAGUAGAGUACCGGAAAUUUCUGGAAUCUUGUGACUUUAUCAAGGUGAACAGUCAGUGGCGGAAAGUUCAAGAUCGCUUGGAGGAUGAUGAGAGAUGCUUGCGCCUUGAAAAGCUUGCCAGGUUGCUCAUUUUCCAGGACUAUAUUCGUGACCUUGAGAAGGUGGAAGAGGAGCAAAAGAAGUUACAGAAGGAACAAUUGAGGCGGGUAGAAAGGAAAAACCGCGAUGAGUUCCGCAAGCUGAUGGAAGAACAUGUUGCCGAUGGCACUCUUACAGCUAAAACUCUCUGGCGUGAUUACUGUAUGAAGGUUAAAGACUUGCCUCCUUAUGAAGCUGUUGCAUUGAACACCUCUGGUUCAACACCAAAAGAAUUGUUUGAUGAUGUUUUUGAAGAAUUAGAGAAACAGUAUCAUGACGAUAAAGCUAGGAUAAAGGAUGCAAUGAAGUCAGGGAAGUUUACCAUGACAUCCACAUUGGCGUUUGAAGAGUUUAAGGUUCCUAUUCUGGAAGAUAUUGGUUCUCCACCAAUAUCAGACAUUAACUUCAAGCUUGUGUACGAGGAAUUAUUAGAGAGAGCCAAGGAGAAGGAGGACAAAGAGGCAAAGAAGCGUCAACGACUUGCUGAUGACUUCAAUAAACUUUUGCACACAAUCAAGGAGAUAACGGCUUCUUCUAAUUGGGACGAUAGCAAACAGCUUUUUGAAGAAACCCAAGAAUACAGGUCAGUUGGGGAAGAUAGCGUUAGUAGGGAAAUUUUUGAGGAAUACAUUACAAGCUUACGGGAGAGGGCUAAAGAGAAGGAACGCAAGCGUGAGGAGGAAAAGGCCAAAAAAGAGAAAGAAAGAGAGGAGAAAGAGAAGCGGAAGGAUAAAGAUAGAAAGGAGAAGGAAAGAGAACGUGAAAAAGAAAAGGGAAAGGAACGACCUAAGAAGGAUGAAACAGAUGGUGAAAAUGUAGACAUAACUGAUACACACGGGCAUAAAGAAGAUAAGAAGAGGGAGAAAGACAAAGAUAGAAAGCACCGGAAGCGGCAUCAAAGUUCUGUCGAUGAUGUAGGUUCCGAUAAGGAGGAGAAAGAGGAGUCUAAGAAACACAGACAUAGUAGUGACCGCAAAAGAUCAAGAAAACAUACCCCUGAAUCUGACAGUGAAAGUCGGCAUAGAAGGCAUAGGAGAGAGCAUCGGGAUGGUUCCCGUCGAAGUGGUGGACAUGACGAUCUUGAAGAUGGGGAGCUUGGUGAAGAUGGGGAAAUUAAGUAAGCCCUGCUGAUCUAUCUUCAUAGGAGGUGUGAUUUUUGUGGCAUAUCAAGGUCUAAACAUGCUGAAUAUAACCAAGAUUAUUUUGUUUAGCAUAUGACAUGUUGCUGUUGUUAAUUCUGAAUGGAGAAUUAAUAUGUCCAGAGUCCAGUGGUUGUUCUUUUGCAUAAUGUUUGAAAAGAAUAUUUCGAUUUCUAUGCCAAGGCGUUGUCUGAAAGUGACUGGGUUUUGUGUUGAUAACCAUGAUGUGUAAAGAUUCUGAUGAUGCUUGUUGACCAAAACAAAGUUGCGGAUGACCGAAAUAUAAAAUGCAACAUUCUUCAACAGUUAA